GUGCGCACCGCCUAGAGCCCGCCUCCGUGAAAGACUGCCGGGCGCAUGCGGCCGAGCUAGCUCACUGGCUGCGGUGGCUCGGCGCGUGCAUUGCAGACUUAGUUCUUUAGCUGAUUUGAAGCCGGUGUCAGGUCAGAAAUUAAAAUGAAGUACAUUCUCGUUACUGGUGGUGUUAUAUCAGGAAUUGGAAAGGGAAUCCUUGCCAGCAGUGUGGGCACAAUACUGAAGUCAUGUGGUUUGCAUGUAACUUCAAUUAAGAUUGACCCUUACAUUAACAUUGAUGCAGGAACAUUCUCUCCUUAUGAGCAUGGGGAAGUGUUUGUGCUGGAUGAUGGUGGAGAAGUCGACCUUGAUUUGGGUAACUAUGAGCGCUUCCUGGAUAUCCGCCUCACCAAGGACAAUAAUCUGACCACUGGAAAGAUCUACCAGCAUGUUAUUAACAAGGAGCGCAAAGGAGAUUAUUUGGGGAAAACUGUCCAAGUUGUCCCUCACAUCACGGAUGCAAUCCAGGAGUGGGUAAUGAGACAGGCAUUAAUACCUGUGGAUGAAGAUGGCCUGGAACCCCAAGUGUGUGUUAUCGAGCUUGGUGGAACAGUGGGAGAUAUAGAAAGCAUGCCGUUUAUUGAGGCUUUUCGUCAAUUCCAAUUCAAAGUCAAAAGAGAGAACUUUUGCAAUAUUCAUGUCAGUCUAGUUCCUCAGCCAAGUUCAACAGGGGAACAGAAGACUAAACCAACUCAGAACAGUGUUCGGGAACUUAGAGGGCUUGGGCUUUCCCCAGAUCUGGUUGUGUGUAGGUGCUCAAAUCCUCUUGACACAGCAGUGAAAGAGAAAAUAUCCAUGUUUUGCCAUGUUGAACCUGAACAGGUCAUCUGUGUCCACGAUGUCUCUUCCAUCUACCGAGUCCCCUUGCUGUUAGAAGAACAAGGGGUUGUAGAUUAUUUUCUUCGAAGACUCAACCUUCCAAUUGAGAGGCAGCCACCAAAGAUGCUGAUGAAGUGGAAAGAGAUGGCUGACAGAUAUGAUCGCUUGCUGGAGACAUGCUCCAUUGCCCUUGUAGGCAAAUACACCAAGUUCUCCGACUCAUAUGCUUCUGUCAUUAAGGCUCUGGAGCACUCUGCUCUGGCCAUCAACCACAAACUGGAAAUCAAGUACAUAGAUUCUACAGACCUGGAGCCCAGCACCUUGCAGGAAGAGCCUGUGCGGUACCACGAAGCCUGGCAGAAGCUCUGCAGUGCCCAUGGAGUGCUGGUUCCAGGAGGGUUUGGUGUUCGAGGAACGGAAGGGAAAAUCCAAGCAAUCAGCUGGGCUCGAAAACAGAGAAAGCCUUUUUUGGGUGUGUGCUUAGGAAUGCAGCUGGCAGUGGUUGAAUUCUCCAGAAAUGUGCUGGGAUGGCAAGAUGCCAAUUCUACAGAGUUUGACCCCAAAACAAGUCACCCUGUGGUCAUAGACAUGCCAGAACACAAUCCCGGGCAGAUGGGCGGAACCAUGAGGCUGGGCAAGAGGAGAACCCUGUUCCAGACCAAGAACUCCGUCAUGAGAAAACUCUACGGUGAUCUGGAAUUCUUGGAGGAGAGACACCGCCAUAGAUUUGAGGUAAAUCCCGUCUUGAAAAAAUGUCUGGAAGAGCAAGGCUUGAAGUUUGUUGGCCAAGAUGUUGAAGGCGAGAGAAUGGAAAUUGUGGAGUUGGAAGAUCAUCCCUUUUUUGUUGGGGUUCAGUACCACCCCGAGUUCCUGUCCAGACCUAUCAAGCCUUCUCCACCCUACUUUGGCCUCCUGCUGGCCUCCGUAGGGAGGCUCCCACAUUACCUCCAGAAAGGUUGCCGACUCUCUCCCAGGGACACCUACAGUGACAGAAGUGGAAGCAGCUCCCCCGACUCUGAAAUCACUGAAUUGAAAUUCCCAUCAAUAAAUCAUGACUGAAUUUG